AUGGUCAACAAACAUGGAUUCACACGUGCCCGCGCACUCUGGAAAGUCAAGCAUCCCACAGCUGAGGAGCCGCCGGACAUCCCGCCAGAACCCCCUCCCCCAGCACCAAGGCCCAAACGCACUGCACUGGACACAACGAGCGAUCUCAACCCGAUCGUCAAGAAGCGUCGAGAAGAGUUUGCUUGCAACCUAUGCGCGGCGUCGUUUAAAGGACAGGUGGGGCUAACAAGGCACCUUCGCUACUUCCACCCCCAGCAAUACCAAAACGCAGAACGUAAACGAGCACGGGAGAUGGAAGAGAAGGCCAAAACCUUGCCUUUUCAAUGCGACCACUGUGGGUUCGGAGCCCUAAGUAAGACGGGGCUCUUAUCCCACAUUCGUGCCAAGCAUCGCUCCCCACAAGACCCGCCACGAGCAGUGAAACCACGGCCCACAUUAUAUUGCCCAAUAUGUCUCAGACCCAUGGGCAACGCUGGAGGACUGGCAAGCCACAUGAAAUACAAGCACCCCGGCGAACAGAAUACUAGAGCACAAGACCCAAACACAAGCACACCAAAACUCCCCAAGAGAGAGAGAGAGGACUCCCCUACCGUGCACGCCACUCCUAUAAAGCAGGAAAAAGAUGAAGCAGAAUUGCCCCAUCUUAAAAAGCGUACGAGAACAGAGGCUUCCUCUCCGACCGACGACCAGCCAAAGAACGAGGGAGCCGCCCCCCUACCGCCCGAGCGGCGGAGAGAGAUACAAUGCUUGGUGUGUUUGAAAUGGUUCGCUUCUCUUGAAUCCGUUCGACCGCACUGCAGAAGAUGUCAUGAGGGCCGCGGGGUUCCUGUAACGGUAAAACGCCGGCGGCUCCAUGAGGAUGCUUCUGAUGACUUGCCUCUUUCUGCCUUCUCGUGCCCCACGUGCGGCUUCCAGUGCCACAGCAAACACGGACUCACUAGGCACCGCAUAGUCAGCCACGGAUUCAGGCCGAACAUUGCGAAACCAAGCCAACGUGGACAGUGCGAAGAGACGAGCAUGCACCUAUUGAGCUGUCCCGCAUUAAAGAGUCUACGCUGUCACUUUGGGGUGGAUGGGGGCGACAUGGAGAAGAUGUGCUUCAUGCAGAAGUUGGCUAAAUACCUGCUUGCAGUGGAAAGGUUUUGUCCUCAACGGCCUUCCCCGACAGAACCGACGCCACCCAUAGAGGUCCAGGAAUAG